AAAGGCUUCAUUUAUUUAUUUUUCUUUGGUGGGACUUUUAAGGCUAGAGUCCUAGUUAAGUAGAGUUGCUUACUUCAGAAGAUUUUGGUUAUUUUUAGAAAUGAAUGAGAAAACCUAUGAUAUCUUUUUGGUGUUAAAUGCCUACUAAUCUUAGUAAAUUCUCAUAAAAAAAUAUGCUUCAAUUCCCAAAGGCUCUGUUACCAAUAGAUCUUCUAUUUUAACAAGAAACUUCCCUUUUUGUAUUCUUAUGUUUAAAUUACUCCCAAAAAGAUCUUGUUGCUUCAUCCAAGGGUCAUACAUGAGGUAGUUCUAAAUUCAUGGCAAAGAAGAAGAGCUGGUUCAACUUGCUCAAGACAUUUUUCGUUUCAGGAUCAGAAUCAAGAUUAGACAAGGGGAAAAGGAAAGGAUGGGUAUUUACAAGGCUAAAGAUCAGAAGGUUGGUGGCGACCUCCGCGUUGUCACCACCAAGGGAAAGGAGACACCAGAAAGCAGAAGAGAAGCAUAACAAGCAUGCUAUAAAGGUAGAUGUUGAAACAAUUAAUGAAUCGAAUGCAGAUGCUGAAACUCCAAUAGUUGAAGCUGAAAUCGCUACCUUUAAAGAAGGCACUGAGUCUAUCUGCCACAGGCCGAAAAAUGAAACUCUUGUAUUGUCAAAAAUGACUAUUCAUGGCCAAGAAACAAAGUACUUUUACCUCUAUGAGAGAAGGAUUGAAAAUCUUGCUGCCAUCAAAAUUCAGACAGCAUUUCGCAGCUAUCUUGCAAGGAAAGCUUUGAGAGCACUAAAGGGACUAGUGAGGCUUCAAGCUAUUGUUCGUGGUAGGGCUGUUCGACGUCAGGCUAUUGCUACACUUAGGUCCUUGCAGUCAAUUGUAAACAUUCAAUCGGAAGUAUGUGCAAAGAGAUGUGAUAAUCAGGUGAAAACUACAGUACAUUGUCAAGAAAAUACGUUGCUGGAUCUCGGAGAGAAAGAUAUCAAGAUUGAUCUGAACAGCCAGAAAAGGUGGGACAAUCGGUAUUUAUCUAAGGAAGAAGCAAACAAGAUGUUCUCAAGCAAAAGGGAGGCUGCGAUCAAGAGAGAACGUAUAAGAGAAUACUGGUUAAGCCAUCGAAGGUCAACAGAAUCAGACGUAAAUGGAAGAAGGCGAUACUGGUUAGAACAAUGGGUAGAUGCUCAGCUGGCUAAAAGAGAUGACCUUAAGAACGUGGACACGCUUUUCUCCGCAAGAAACAGAGAAGAAUUCGAGAGAAAAGAAAUGAAACCAAAGUCUUCUCUAAGACAAUACCAUACAGAUCAAGAAUUGGUUUCACCAGUAUAUGUUCCAAGAAGAUCAUUUCACCACAGAAGACAGAAAUCAAGUGGGGAUCAUGACAAUACUUUCAUGGGCUCUCCUUCGAUUCCAACUUACAUGGCAGCCACGGAAUCUGCAAAAGCAAAAGCAAGGUCAAUGAGUUCACCAAGGCUAAGACCAAUCAAUACUGAUGUCUACUCUGAGAUAAAUUCUCCCCUACAAGUACAAACUAUCUCCCCAUAUCUUCUAUCAACAGCGAUGCCACGGUCACAAGUAGGAUUGGAAGUGUUCCUGGCUUCUCACAAAGAUCACCAUGCUUAAAAGCAACACCUGGUCCCAUAAAAUCAACCAGGACCAUUAAGGACCUUAGCUUUGGAUCAGAUGGGCAUUUGCAAAUUGGGAUCGCAUCGGUGCCUGCAGGUGAUCGAUUGACUAAAAUGGAAAAUAUAGAUUGUAAUGUAAUAGUUGGAAUGGUUUCAUAAUAUUAUAUCUACUCUAAUGAUUUGUGUGAGUUUCCAUCAGUUUCGUCUGAAUAAAUCUCUUA